GGUGUGAUUGGGAUGGGAGGCAACAGAAGCAUUUGGGUGCAGUGGCCUCGUUUUGGGCUUUUCCUGCUCUCACCCCCUGCUGGGAUUUUCUUUUUUUUUUUUUUUUUUUUUUUACUACACCAUCAUGGGUAGUGCCUACCACUGGGAGGCUCGGCGUCGGCAGAUGGCAUUGGACCGGAGGAAGGCGUUAAUGGCACAGCAGCAAGAGCAGGAAGCAAAAAAACAGGAAGAGAAGAAACAGCAUUCUGAGAAAACAUCUCAGCCACAUCAGGAUUCAAAAGGGCCACAGCAGGAUGCAAAGGGGACACAGCAGGAUGCAAAGGGGACACAGCAGGAUGCAAAGGGGACACAGCAGGAUGCAAAGGGGACACAGCAGGAUGCAAAGGGGACACAGCAGGAUGCAAAGGGGACACAGCAGGAUGCAAAAUGCCCACCACCUACACAGCCACAGCAGCAGGCAAAGCCACAGGAGCAGGCACAAGCACAGCCACCUGGGCCAAAGUCACAAAAGGAGCACGACCCUCCUACACAGAGCACCUUCAAGGACAGCCUCCAGAAGGACACCCAAAAGCAAGGACCCCAGACUAGACUCUCGGGAGCUCAACAAGACGGCCAGCAAGCCUGUAAAGUGUGUGAUAAACCCCCAGUCCUUCCAGGCCCUGGUCUCACGAAUGUUUGCCAGCCUGCCUCUUCUAAAUAUUCCCGACUCACGUCAACUAAUUACAUCCAGCAGUGGUGAUCCAGAGAUGGACUCCAAGACCUGAUGAUACCACAAAGCAAAAGCAAAACCCAAAAAAACAAUCAACCGAACCACAAAACAAAAAACAAAACAAAAAAAAAAAAACAAAAAACAAAAAACCCAACAACAACAGAAAGACAGCAACCACACUCUCUUUCCACCCAGCAAUCUUUCUAAUCCAAAAAGCCAUUUGCGUUUGGAAAGGAGACUAGCUGGGAUUAAAAUGUGAUUCCUGGAGAGAA